AUGCCCAAAAGAUUGGUCAAUUUGCCAUGGGCUUCCUUGCCGAAAGGCAAGGCGGGAGUCGUUGCCUUGAUAGCCUCGGUGCGGGUUGUCGACUUUUACCAAAUAGCAAGUUUCCAAACUUGUAUUACCUUGCAUAUUCAACAUUUGCAGCCGGGCCUGUCUUCCACGGAUGUAGCACGCCACGUGGGCGUAGCCCAGGGCAUGUUUACAGCUGCACAGAUUGUAUCUGCGCCGCUGUGGGGUGUUGCUACUGACCGCAUCGGCCGAAAGGCUGUCAUUCUGGUAGGUCUCGUCACUACGGCUGCUGCGUGCAUAGGAGUAGCCUUUGCUGGGUCUAUUGGGGCGAUAGUGGCCUGGCGCCUUUUUGCCGGCGCUCUCAAUGGUACUGUCGUGGCUGCUCGGGCUGCCAUGUCCGACAACCUUGCCUUGGAACAUCGGCCAGCAGGGUUUUCACUGCUCGUCCUAUCGUUUAAUAUAGCCAAUACCAUUGGUCCACUCAUUGCCGCAGUUUCAAUAGGCCAUAGUUCCAAAGGGCCACUGACGUCCAUUCCAUCACCAGCGUCGAGUAACAAGGGAGUGAUGAGUUGGGCGGCAAGUCACCCUUUUGCAACCCCCAAUCUCUUGAGUGCAUUGGUGCUUGUAGGGGACGCAAUUAUGGUGUGGUAUAAGUUGAAGGAGAUAGACCAAGACAAGUACACCGACUUGCAAAAGUGGACAAUGGAUAUAUUUACCCAUACACGACAGUGUUUUCCAUUCUUCAAAACACGAUACCAACAAAUUUCAGAUAUCAAUGUCGAGGCUGCUACUAGCGGGAGUGAGGCAGAGAAAAGGGCGCGCUUCAGAGAGCCUGAAACAAAACUUGAUCCCUCCGAAAAUCGGUUGGAUUCCAUAUGGACACCUCGUUUCAUUAUCGUCUUAUGCACCGUUACGAUUCUCGAGUUCCACCUUGGGGCGUUCGGUUCCCUGUGGCCUUUGUUUGUAGUGGCGGCCCGCCGCAAAACCAACGAUCCCAUUAAGCUACCUUUUCUUUUCAACGGAGGGCUUGAGCUCCAAGACGCAGACCUGGGUUUUGCUGUAGGGAUGCUUGGCAUCAUUGGCGUGGCCCUACAACUCACCGCGGUGCCUCAUUUAACUGCCAAGCAUGGUGUGGUACGAGCUUUCAAGGCCUCUCUCCCUCUGUUCCCGGCCAGUCUUUUUAUUGCUCCGUAUCUGGCUCUUCUGCCUGCAGGCAAUGGCUGGGUGUUGUGGGCGGGUAUACUUUUCGUUCUGCUUUUGCACGUCAUAGGUCGGUCGUUCGGGAUUUUGGUGUCGAUUUUGCUUGUGAAUCAGUCUACUACGCAAUCAUCCCGUCGAGGGACGGUCCAUGGGAUAGCGAAUGCAGUGGCGAGUACGUCGCGAUCUGCUGGUUCAAUCGCGGGAGGUAUGUUGUACGGACUUGGCCUACAGCAGAAUGUAGUUGGAUUAGGUUGGUGGGUGACAUGUUGCGUUGGCAUCAUUGGCUGGAUUCUAGGCCGCUGGCUCUAA